GUUUGUGUGUUUGCAGUGAGAGGGUCGAAGCCUGGCAAGAACGUUCAGCUGCAGGAGAACGAGAUCCGUGGAUUGUGUCUGAAAUCCCGCGAGAUCUUCCUCAGCCAGCCCAUCCUCCUGGAGCUGGAAGCGCCGCUGAAGGUCUGCGGCGAUAUCCACGGGCAGUACUACGACCUGCUCAGGCUCUUCGAGUACGGAGGAUACCCACCUGAGAGCAACUACCUGUUCCUGGGAGACUAUGUGGACCGAGGGAAGCAGUCUCUGGAGACCAUCUGUCUCCUGCUGGCCUACAAGAUCAAAUACCCUGAGAACUUCUUCCUGUUGAGGGGAAACCAUGAGUGUGCCUCCAUCAACCGCAUCUACGGCUUCUACGAUGAGUGCAGGAGACGCUACAACAUCAAGCUCUGGAAGACGUUCACAGACUGCUUCAACUGUCUGCCCAUCGCCGCCAUCGUGGAUGAGAAGAUCUUCUGCUGUCAUGGAGGUUUGUCUCCUGAUCUGCAGUCCAUGGAGCAGAUUAGAAGGAUCAUGAGACCCACAGAUGUCCCGGACCAGGGCCUCCUGUGCGACCUGCUGUGGUCCGACCCAGAUAAGGACGUGCUGGGAUGGGGCGAGAACGACCGAGGCGUGUCCUUCACCUUCGGAGCGGAAGUGGUGGCCAAGUUCCUUCACAAACACGACCUGGAUCUGAUCUGCAGGGCUCACCAGGUGGUGGAGGACGGAUACGAGUUCUUCGCCAAGCGGCAGCUGGUGACUCUGUUCUCAGCACCGAACUACUGCGGAGAGUUCGACAACGCCGGAGCCAUGAUGAGCGUCGACGAGACCCUCAUGUGCUCCUUUCAGAUUUUGAAGCCAGCAGAGAAGAAGAAACCAAACUCCAGUCGUCCAGUGACUCCGCCCAGGAACACAGUCCCCAAACAGGCCAAGAAAUGAUUCCCGCGGGGCCCGGCUGGACUUGUAUCAUACGCUCUUUCAUGUGUUUCGGAUCAGGAGUGGCUCUGCGCCGGAUGAACCGCCCUCUGCGUCUUUAUUUCGAUUCUUUACGUUGUUUUUCCUUGUUUACCGUCCCGAGCUGCCGCUCACGUAUUAGAGGGGAGCGUUUUAAUUUCACUUGAUUUCAGAGACAAACAGCUUUUUAUUCCCACUUCAGGACGACGUAUCAGUUUGACACAAGCUCCGCCCACCGUAACCACGGCAACAGCGCAUUUAAACGCAAGGCAGAACGUGGCGUCUGGAUUUUUAAAUCGACACGUUUAAGAUGAUCUGUGCUCCCGAUCUCUCGUUCAAACCACUGUGAACAAACGAGUCUGUUUUUAUGCACCUGAUGCUUUUUUGUAUUUUCGUCUCGUGAAUGUGCCAUGAGGGUUGACGUUCAGUCCGCUUUUAUCAUUUUGACUUUUUUAUUUUAUUUUGAUGAUUGCAAACGAACGGAUGUUGUGCGAGUGUGUGAACUAAAACAUCAAGUUUCUUUGUUUUGACGCGAUGCCUUGUUUUCUUCUUCCAUUGCGUAUCACGUGACGUUUUGGCAUGUUGACUUCUUGAUCUCUCAGACGGACGUUUCUGUUGCAUGCGUUAGUGUUAGAGGAAUAGGACACAAGGCCUCGGCUUUCUCUCAGGGCAUGCCACCUUCAGCAUGUCUUCAGAAUAAUGUAGCUCCUCAUCAGGUAAAUCACGUCAGGAAAACCUUUUUUCUUGCAAAUUUCUACAGUAUUUCAUAUAUAAAUUCUCUGUUUAACCCAAACUCUCAAUGUAAAUAUACAGGAAAUGUUUUGUUCAGUCUUGGCAAUAAUUCAGUUCUCCACACUAUAAAUAAUUGUUAUACUUGCAGAAUAAAUCGAAGGGAGAUGGAAACACCAUUGCAGCGUUUGUUUGUUCAUUUCAGA